GCUCCAUGGUCUAGCUUUGUUGACAAGCCAUAUUCAUUAUUGCUAUACCUGUGCAUGUACGGACCGUUAUCACGCGUCUAACCAGGAGUUUAGCGGGGGUCGUGAACCCUUGUGUGUAUAGGAUCCGUGGAACGUGCAGGGAACCUUCAGCCGAAAAUUGUUGGAAAUUAGCAAAGCAUAGCGCCUAUAAUCACUAAUCUGGCACAAAUGAAAUGAUACACGUACUAGACAGUACAGUUUUCCGAAAUGAUGUCGGCAUCUUUUGAGAAGGUUAAACCACUCUCCUCCCUGCUGACGCCAGAGGAGAAAGCAGAAUUCCAAGGCUAUGAGUUCCCCUUCGAGAAUCUUGCCUUCGAAGGAGGUGGUAGCAAAGGCAUGGCUUAUGUUGGAAUGAUCAGGGUGUUUGAAGAAUUGGAUCUUAUGAAGAACAUGAAGCGAUUUGCUGGCAGUAGCGCAGGGAGUGCCGCAGCAACAUUUCUGGCUAUUGGGAUGGACUCCUAUGAAAUUCAAGAGCUUUUGGACGGUGAUUUUACACGAAACGUAUACGACGGUAAAUGGGGGCUCGUUGGGAGAAUGCUUGGUAUGGUCCGGAAAUUGGGAGCACAUCCCGGGGAAAGACUGGAGAAGUGGUUCGCAGACAGCGUCUACAAGAAGACUGGCGAUAGGAACUACACCUUCAGACAACUUUACCAGGACCGUGGUGUAGAGCUGUGCGCCGUCUCUGUCAACUUGAAUUUGAUGGAUGCCGUAUAUUUCCAUGUCAAAACGAUGCCUGAUAUGCCAAUCAGCCUUGCAGGGAGGGCGUCUGCAUCUAUUCCUGGUGUGUUACAACCGGUGAAAUACCAUGAAGACCUGUAUGUCGAUGGCGGCUUAUUGUGCAACUUCCCGAUACAUGUUUAUGAUGGAUGGUUUCUGUCUAUGGAUCCUACAGAUAGUUUCUUCGCUCAGUUUGGCAGUCUGGUUGGGCGGUGUGACGAAUGGGACCCCUCGGAGCGUUUUUCAACGUUCAAUGAAAAAACAGUGGGAGUUCUCCUGUAUUCUUCUGCCGAGCGAGACGUCAUGAAGCAAUCAUUGGACCACAGAGUCGCCGUUUACGGUAAAGAAGAGAUCGCUUUUCCCGAUAGUAAAAUCAGCAGAAAGAAUAAAAAGAAGAAAGAACGACACAGCCAAGCUACGGAAGGCAUGCAUCAAGCCAUGGACAACUUCAUGAAGAUUUUAAAAGAUUCAGAUACGGAUCAGAAUGGUAUUAUCUCCAGAGAGGAGUUUCGCAAUGCCCUGGGGAAGAAGAACGAUAACGUGACCUUGUCUGCUGAUGACGUAAAGCUUCUUUUUGAGUGUGAGAAUGACCCGGAUGCUAUCUUCGAUGUUGUAGACAAAGACAAUAACGGUCAGAUAGACUACCAAGAGGUUGUCGAACAAGCAGCAAAGCGAGGAAUAAACCUCCUUCAGACAAUGAAUGGGUAUGAACGGUGUGAAAUCAAGGGAGUGACAGACUUGUUUGCCACCAUGGCAGAGACGCUGCUGCUCAACGUUAAGCGAAUCACAACCAGGAACACCGAUUACAGUCGUACCAUUGGCAUCAACACAAAAUACUUAGAAUCCUUUGAUUGGAACUCGGAGCGGGCCGAUAAAAACUUCCUGAUACAGUGUGGAAAGCGGGCCACUCUGUCUUUCUUGCGGGAGUACAUAGCAACCAAGAACCCACCGAGGAAAUCGACACCAGAGGAAGAUGCAUCUGCUACAGAACAGACCGAUCUGAAUAUACAGAUAGUGAUCUAAGUCAAGGAAACUCCCAAAGGAGAUUUAAACUCACCCGUUUAAAACGAUCUUUAACGUUUGAUACAAAGCAGGUAUAGAAUUCAGUCAUUGAUACAUUCCUGUUGGCUCUUAUUAAUUCAGUGGCAAGUGUAAUCAACUUUGUCCUGGAAAAAACUUAAUCAUUCGCAUUAAAGGUAUAGUCCAUCAUUCGUAAUUUGUGCAUUUUGUUCGUUUGAAGCAACAAAAGUGCUCAAUA